UCAUUGCAGCAUUACCACAUCUCUUUCUAUACCCAUCACCAUCCCACUAGAGCAUCUGCUCACCUGCUCUCGCUGGACCCUCUCUGCACCUCUCCUUCACCCCGCCAACCCGUGCCCUUGUGUGUUUGCACUCACCGCACUCGCUCGAGCACCCGCCUCAUGGCGCGUUCUUGAUGGCAUCCAGAGGACCUCGUCAAAGAGUCACUCGCUCGCAAAGGCGCCAAUCAGGCAAUCCCCACACAAACAGUACACCCAACUCGCUGCCUGCACCACCCCCUCAGCCAGCCCUCCCGCCGCCCCCAACAGCUCGUAAGAGGAAGUCUGCUGCGCGCGACGACCAGAGCCCCGAGCAGCCCGACAUUACAGACGCUCCGCCUGCCCGUUCCGCCCGCAACAAGCGCUCCAAGAUUGACCUGCAGGAACCACCACCCCAGCCCAAAACCCGCUCCAACAAAGCAAAGGGCAAAGCCGCCGCCGUAAUGUCUUCUUCUGGCCCACCAUCAGAUCCCAUCGACGAGAAGUCGACGCCACAGCCCUCGAGGCGCACCAGAGGCGGCCGCAAGAGCGGGCCUGAUAGCUCUCGGCGGCAACCCAAGCCUUCCUCACACACCGACCCCGACCCCGACACGCCAUCCACAUCCCGCCGAAGCUCCCGAAGGUCCAACAAGAUGGAAACCGAUACCACCAUGGAAGACGCCCCUCCAGCAAACGCUGAAGAGGAUGCCCGCCAAUCGGGCGAUGAUCAUAGCAGCGAUGAUGAGCACGCUGACGAACACGGGGAGCGCUACGAUCAAGAAGACGACGACGACGACGAUGAUGAUGAUGAUGACGACGAUGACGACGAUCCCUUCACUGGCGGCUUUCUUGGACGCAACCCCCACAGUCUUUCUGCUCUUAGACAGCUGACAGGUAUCAUGGCGGGCACCACACAGCGCCUGCGUGGCAUCCUGGAGCAAUUGCGUUCGCAUGAUGAUACUGUACAACUGGCGGCUCUUAAUGAGCUUUCUGAAGUACUUCUCAUCUCUACCGAAGACAAUUUGGCUGGCCACUUUUCUCCCGACGCAUAUGUCAAGGAGCUUGUGAAGCUGAUGCAGCCCAAUGAGUUCACAAUGGAAGAGAAUCCAGAAAUCAUGUUGCUCGCCUGCCGCUGCCUUGCCAAUUUGAUGGAGGCGCUCCCCCAAGCUACCGCUAACGUUGUCUACGGUGGUGCAGUUCCUGUCCUCUGCUCCAAGCUGCUCGAAAUUAAUUUCAUUGACCUGGCCGAGCAAUGUUUGAGCACAUUGGAGAAGAUCUCCAUCGAAUUUCCUGGAGUUAUUGUGCGUGAGGGUGGGCUUACUGCCUGCCUCACAUUCCUUGAUUUCUUCGCCACCAGCACACAACGAACAGCUGUCACAACUGCGGCCAAUUGCUGCCGCAAUAUCCCAGAAGAUUCAUUCCCUGUCGUGCGCGACGUCAUGCCUAUACUAGAGAACAUCCUGAACAACAACGACCAAAAGGUUGUUGAGCAGGGCUGCAUCUGCGUAUCUCGCAUUGUUCAAAGCUUCAAGCAGCACGAGAGUAAACUUGAAGAGCUCGUCAGCCCAGGUCUUCUAAAGGCCAUUCUACGGCUCCUUCUACCAGGCACCACAAACAUGAUUGGAGCCAAUAUCCACACCAUGUUCCUUCAGGUUCUUGCGUAUACCGCCAAAGCCAGCCCGCGUCUAUCUGCAGAGUUGCUCAAGAUGAAUGUUGUUGACACUCUGUAUCAGAUUCUGACCGGCGUCUCGCCUCCAACGGGCACAGAAGACGUUGCAGCCAAGAUUGACUCUGUAGUCAUCAUGCAAGCUCUUAUCCAUAGGCCCAAGGAUCAGGUGUUUGAGACUCUCAACGUCAUUUGCGAGCUUCUACCUGAUGUUCCUCAGCAAGGCUUGUCAUAUCUCGACGACCUCUUCGACGCUGGCUAUCCCGGUGACGACAUUCUCCCUCUUUCUUCGUCGAACAGAAAAAUCAUGAACGAAAAGCGUAUACAGCUGCUUGAGGGGUGCAAGGCCAAGGUUAAGCGCUUCGCAGUCAUUCUUCUGCCAACCCUGACAGAUGCCUAUUCCAGUACUGUGAACCUCAGCGUUCGACAAAAAGUACUUACUGCUCAUCUCAAGAUGUUGUCCAACCUCGACAUCGACAUUCUCGAGGAAGCCCUGCGACCAGUACCUUAUGCUUCGCAUUUAGCGUCGAUUUUCACUCAACAAGACCACCCAUCUCUAGUCACAUACGCUUUGCAAGCUGCUGAACUGCUGCUUAAGCGUCUCGAGUCGAUAUACCGCUAUCAAUUCUACCGCGAAGGUGUCAUUUCAGAGAUCCAACAACUUGCAAAUCGUCCGUGUAAGACGUUGGACAGUCGGGCUAAAGAGUCGAAGUCUACAGUAGGAGCCCAUGUGACAGCCUUGGGUGAUAGUAUUGCUUCUUCUGCUGAACCAGAAGCCGAGUCAGAAACUGGCAAUCCGAAUGAUGGAGUCGAUAUGGAAAUGCACUCCGAUGACGAAGGAGACGAGGUGGACCUUGACGACGACCCAAACGCGAGCAGCCAAAACCGAGACGAUGACGAUGAAUCCGACUCGUCCUCGUCCUCUGACGAUCAGCACGAACCACCACCGAUGCCCAAUGUUGAAGACAUAAUCACCCUUCGCGCUAAAAAGUUCAUCGAGACGCAUGAAAGGGACAGCGACAAACCCACCCGCGACAGGGCAAUUGCAGUAUUGGAAGAUCUGAAGGCGCUUGCCAACGAAAUCAAGGCUUGUGGUUGCAAGGGCACUGCAAGCGACUUCAUGAACCUGUUCACCCGGUUAGCAUCUUAUUUCGAGGGCGAUGCGCUUGAAAGUAUCACCAGUUACGAGCUCAAGUCGUCCAAGAUUGUCGAUGUGCUAUUGGAAGUCUUCUCAAAGCCGACGUUUUCAAAGCAUGGCGAUCCUAGACCUAUCUUCCUGGAGGCUUUCAUGGGUGGUAGUGGCCAGAGCAAGAUCAAGACUGCCAGCACCGCGUCUCCUGCAACACCAUUCAGUGUCUUGGUGCACAAGCUUCAGGACCUCUUGAGUAGGUCCGAGCAUUUUGAUGUCAUCACCGUGCAUCAGAAUAUGUAUGACAAUCGGGGAAGCGCGACCUCCAUGUUGGCUAAGCAGCUUCGGCUGAAGCUCGUCGCCGAUGAUGAUUCAGGCAUUCCCAAGACAUACCGCAACAUCAUGGUGUCUAUCCACGCUAUUGCAACGUUCAAAGCCUUGGAUGACUACCUCCGUCCGCGUAUCAGCCUUGCAGACCGUCCUCGACCGGCUCAUCCUAGAGAUCAAUUCGCUCGCGAUCAAUUCGAAGCCAUGUACGCCCAAGCUCUUGCUGAAGGUCGGGCGCCUCCACCCCCUCGAACACCAUCUGAUCCAGCGAGCCGUGCUCCAAAGAAGCCAUCGCGUUCCAAGCCAGGUCCACCAGAUUCACCCCAACCAGGGCCUAGCUCCGCUACACGUGAGAAGACACGGCGGUCGAGCAGACGUCAGCAACAGAACCCUCCGCUACCACCGCCGCCCCCGCCCCCAGCCAUGCCUCGUUCCAAUAGCGGUCAGGACCCUGUCGAAUGUGCCGAUGAAUCUCAGCUCUCCGAUCCCGAGUCUGUGGAUGAAGAUAGUGCCUUGAAUGCCAUAGUGGACGAUCUAGAGGAAGACCUCGAUGAGGAUAUGCCAGAUCCAUCUGCCGUAAGCGUCGAAGUCGCAUCAACAGGCAAAGCCACGGCCCACCAGGAAGACGGUACGAGGAUUGCAACACCGGUACAAGGCACACCAAUAGCGAAGCCACCUUCAGAGGCCAGGACUCCUGCUUCACGAUUGUCUGCACUGUUGCAGAGUUCAGCUAUGCGCCAAACCCUGGGAGGAGCGGCGAGCGCUCUUUCGUAUGCAGCCGCGGUUCAGUCCACUCCCCAAGACUGGCACAUUGAAUUCAGUGUGAAUGACCAGCCACUCUCGAACGAGACUACCAUCUACCGUGCUGUACACUUCACACGAUCUCAACCACCAGACGGUCCUUUGCGUUCAGUAUGGAAUGGCAUUCAUACAAUCAAGUUCAAGCGGGUGCAGGGUCCACCACCGAGCGAAUCCAGCUCUUUGACACCGCCUCCAGAGUCAAAGUCCGACGCUUCAGGCAUGCCAGCUUCAUUGGAUGAACACCCUGUGACAUCUGGUAUCCUCAGGCUGCUUAGCAUACUUCACGGAUUGAAUUCCCAUCUUGACGACAUCCUCCUGGCGAACAAGGAGCAGAUCAAACUCAAUGCGGAGCCGCUUUCGCAGUUUGUCAAUACGAAGCUUACUGCGAAGCUCAACCGUCAACUUGAGGAGCCUCUCAUCGUAGCUAGCAACUGCCUCCCUAGUUGGAGUGAGGAUCUAGCCCGCUUCUACCCGUUCCUAUUCCCAUUCGAGACUCGCCACCUCUUCCUGCAGUCUACCUCGUUUGGUUACUCACGAUCAAUGACGCGAUGGCAGAAUUCGCAGCCCACGAGCGAUUCACGAGGCGACCGACACCGGGAUGAGCGACCCUUCCUGGGCAGACUCCAGCGCCAAAAGGUCCGUAUAUCACGAUCUCGAAUCCUCGAGUCUGCAAUGAAGGUCAUGCAGCUAUACGGACACUCUGCCAGUGUAUUAGAAGUUGAAUACUUUGAAGAAGUAGGAACCGGUUUGGGACCAACUCUUGAGUUCUACUCGACUGUUUCUCGGGAAUUCUCCAAGAAGAAGCUCAAGCUCUGGCGAGAGAAUGAAUCAAAUGACAGCGACGAAUACGCUUUUGGCAAGCGAGGACUAUACCCCGCACCAAUGAGCGAAGAAGAGGCGAAUAGUGAGAAUGGCGAGAAGCGCCUCGAACUGUUCAAGGUCCUAGGCAAAUUCGUUGCCCGUUCCAUGUUGGACUCUCGUAUCAUCGACAUCUCCUUCAAUCCAACUUUCUUCCGCAUCAAUGACGGUUCCAGCACAGCCGUCGUGCCAUCUCUUGGGGCCAUCAAGACUGUCGAUGAGGGCCUGGCCUCAUCGCUGUUACUGCUCAAGCAAUUUGCCGACGCUAAGAAGAAGGUUGACGACAGCGAUUUGAGUCCAGAAGAAAAGGCGGUAGCCCUCCAAGAGAUUGUCAUACACGACUGUACUGUGGAGGAUCUAGCACUCGACUUCACUCUACCUGGCUAUCAUUCAAUCGAACUCAUCGAAAACGGCGCAAAUACAACGGUCACGAUUGAAAACGUCGACUUGUAUGUGGACAAGGUUAUAGAUUUCACUUUGGGCUCCGGUGUCGAGCGCCAGGCGAACGCUUUCCGUGAGGGCUUCACAGAGGUGUUCCCGUAUUCUGCACUCAAGGCCUUUACUCCAGACGAACUGGUCAUGCUUUUCGGCAGGACUGAUGAGGAUUGGUCUCUCGAAACAUUGGUGGACUCGAUCAAGGCAGACCACGGCUACAACCUUGACAGCAAGAGCGUGCGCAACCUAUUGUCUACGAUGAGCCAAUUCAAUGCGCAAGAGCGUCGAGACUUUUUGCAGUUCAUCACUGGCAGCCCCAAGCUUCCAAUUGGAGGCUUCAAGGCUCUCACACCAAUGUUCACAGUUGUUUGCAAGCCCAGCGAGCCACCAUUCACAUCCGACGACUAUCUGCCGUCUGUCAUGACCUGUGUCAACUAUCUCAAGAUGCCAGACUACAGCAGCGUCGAAAUACUGCGGGAAAAACUCAGCGUUGCCAUCCGCGAAGGCCAGGGCGCUUUCCAUCUUUCUUAAAAAAAAUGCAAAGUGUAGGUGUGUAUAGUUUGGAAAACGAGGGGAGGAUGGAGAGAGAUAUAUGUAUACCCUUGGUGGUGGAGUCUUUUUCCUUGGGCGCCACCGGAAUAUAUUGAUAUCCAUGGCUUUUUUUGGAAGAUGCAGAUGGCUUUUUUUGUUCAUCAUGCAUAGGUUCUACACUCUUAUGAAACGUAUGCAUUGCGGGGUAGUUUGGUUCUUUCUUCUUCUCCUCUUUCUUUUCCUGAAAGGGAAUACGGUGUUCGAAGCGCAUGGUAGUUACUUUGGGCCUUAGUAGUUUUAGUCUGUAGUUGCUACGCAGAUUUUUUCACAUACAUUGGCAGGUUAGCCUUGUCUCUCUCUUCUUUCCCCGCUAAACUCAUGGGUC